CCUCGUCUUUAUAAGGAGCUCCUCUGAUCCCCGACUUCCUUUUACAAUCUACCCUUUUUUUUUCUCUUUUUUUUUUUCUUUUCUGUUUAUCACUCGACGAGACACAAUGGCAUCUAAUACAAAUGGUACAAACGGUACCACAAACGGUCCCUCUAACGGUGCAUCUGGCGGUGUGAGCAAGGGAAAGGCUAGCAAAUAUGCUACACAAGCAAAGCCCCCUCCGCCGGUCGCAAAGCCUACGAGGGCGGAAGUGGACAGUACCUUUGAGCAAUUCUCAAGCUUAUUACAUGCUUCUAAUCGCCCCCUACCAAACAGAUUUGGAGACGGAAAGGACCAGAGGCCUCCAGAGGUUAAGCAAACUGGCGUAUUGACCGACAUUAACACACUGAGGCGUGGGGGUUUCUUUUGGGAGAGUGUUGGAACAUUAUGGGAUGUCCUCAAGGGAAAGAUAAAGGGUGGACCGGUGGAUGAUAAGACCAUGAUUGUGCGUGACCUUUCUUAAACCUAUUUAGAACAUCAAUAUUUGUGAAUGUGUCGCGUCGCGAUUCACGCGGAGAUAAUGAGGAUUACGAACUAACUGGGUUCUCUCUAGAUGGAACGUGUCAUACAACUUACUUCACGACUCCCGCCAACGAGCAAAGUUCGAGUUGCUUUGACCACAACCCAGGUGGGUCAACUUUGGGACUCGCUUCAACACCCUCCAUUAUCCUAUCUUGGUGACGAGUUCAACUAUCGACAGGCGGAUGGUGGGUACAACAACAUACUGUGCCCUCAACUGGGUCGUGCGGGAUCGGCAUACGCGAGAUCUGUGAAGCCAAUGAUAAAGAUGCCCGGCGCGCCACCGGAUGCUUACACCCUCUUCGACCGCAUCUUCUCUCGAGGCCCUAACGAUGAGCACUUCCGUGAGCACGAUAAUAACGUUAGUAGUAUGCUGUUUUAUACGGCGACCAUUAUUAUUCAUGGUGCGUCACUCGGGAAAGGUAUUGAUGGGUGUAGCGAAGCUUACAAGUGCCUUAGACUUGUUCCGAACUAACCGGGCGGAUCCGAAUAUCUCGGAUACAUCAUCAUAUCUGGAUCUAGCACCGCUCUAUGGGAACAGUGUAGAGGACCAGUCAAAGAUUAGGACCUUCCAGGACGGAAAGAUUAAGCCGGACAGCUACUGUGAAAAGAGAUUGCUCGCUUUUCCGCCGGGUGUCUCCGUAUUCCUCAUCAUGUUUGGGCGGUUCCAUAACUAUGUCGUUGAGAAGUGGGGUUUCCUCCUUGCACCCUUGGCGAUGUUCUCAUACUAACUGUUUCUGUAGUCUGAAAGCUAUUAAUGAGGGUGGGCGAUUCAGCCUGAAGUUCCCUAGAUAUCCUAAUGGGGACGAUGAGGCUACCAGGCAAGCAAACGCCCUGAGACAGCAGGAUGAAGAUUUGUUCCAAACUGGUAGAUUGUAUGCUCUUCUAUUCUUUAUACCUGAUGAGUCGGAUGCUAAUAGGGUAAAGGGUCACUUGUGGCCUAUACAUAAACUUCGUUCUCAACGACUACCUAAGGACUAUCGUCAACCUGAACAGGGUAGACACCACCUGGACACUUGAUCCCCGAUUUGAGGCGAGCAAGGUUUACAAUCCCGAUGGCACUGCAGCCGGUGUUGGUAACAUGGUUUCAGCCGAGUUCAACUUGAUCUACAGAUGGCACUCUUGCAUUUCCAAGCGUGACGAUCAAUGGACGAAGGAUUUCUACAAUGGUCUGUUCCCCGGAAGGGAUACUAGGGACAUUGAAAUGCCCGAGUUCAUGAGGGGUGUCGGUAGAUGGGAGGCAGGUAUCAGCGACGAUCCCCUUCAGCGGAACAUCGCCGGUUUGCAGCGCAAAGCAGACGGCAGCUAUCAUGACGACGACCUGGUAAAGAUUCUCACGGAGAGCAUCGAAGAUGUUGCGGGCGCCUUUGGUGCGCGCAACGUCCCCCAUGUCCUCCGCCUCAUCGAGGUCUUGGGUAUCGAGCAGUCUCGCAAGUGGAAGGUCGCUUCCUUGAACGAAUUCCGUGAGUUCUUUGGACUCAAGCCACACGCCACCUUCGAGGACAUUAAUCCCGACCCAGCUGUUGCCAACACUCUCAGGCAGCUGUACGAUCACCCAGACUUCGUUGAGAUGUACGCUGGGCUCGUGGCCGAAGCCGACAAGAAGCCGAUGGUCCCGGGAGUCGGUAUCGGACCCACGUACACCAUAUCACGUGCCAUUCUCAGCGACGCCGUUACCUUGGUCCGCGGCGACAGGUUCUACACUGCCGAUUACACCGCCGCUCACUUGACCAACUGGGGUCUUCAGGAGGCAUCUUCCGAUCCGGCAAUUGUCCAUGGCUGCGUUGGGUACAAGUUGAUUAUCAAGGCUUUCCCGAACCACUUCAAGUUCAACUCCAUCUACGCGCACUACCCACUCACCAUCCCGGAGGAGAACCACAAGAUCCACACCGCCCUCAAGACGGUCGAUCAAUUCGAUUUCGAGAGGCCGGUUUACACUCCACUCCGCAUUCCCAUAUCAUCCUACGACGCCACGAAACAGAUUUUGCGCGAUGCUGAAAACUUCAAGGUCACCUGGGGCGCCGGGUUUGACUUCAUCAUGAGAGCGGAUUUCAUGCUGAGCGGUGACAAGCCAUCAAAUUCCGAGCAGAAGCAGUUUGUUCGCCAACGGUUGUACCUCGGGGAUGUGGAUUGGAAACAACAGAUUAGACAAUUCUACCAGGAGGUUACUGAGAAGCUGAUCCGAAAGAAGGCUUACAGCCUUGGAGAUACUUACCAAGUGGAUGCAGUCAGAGAGUAGGUCCCUUUCCCAAUGAGAGUAAGGGGAAGUUGUCUGACGUUUGCUUUAGUAUUGGAAAUAUCGCUCAGACCAUCUUUGCCGCGUCAAUCUUUAAUCUACCAAUGAAGAGCGAGGAUCACCCAAAGGGGAUCUACACGGAGCAAGAGCUUUACACGAUUCUCUGCGUCAUGUUCAUAGUCAUCUUCUUUGAUAUUGACUCGAGCAAGUCAUUCCCGCUACGACAAGCCGGAUUCAAAGUAGUCCGCCAGUACGGUACUCUCGUGGAGGCCCAGGUCAAAGCCAUAAAGAACUGGUCAUGGCUGCAAGGGGUCUGGGAUCCACUCAACAUUCGCGGACGCAACAAGUCCUCCCCGCUCACAUCUUACGGCUGGAAUAUGAUCAAGCGUCUCCUCGAGACCGGAAAAUCUCCAUACGACGUAACCUGGUCAUACAUUGUUCCCACAGCCGGUGCAUCGGCCCCCAACCAGGGUCAGAUAUUCGCUCAAGUCCUUGAUUUCUACCUAGAAGACCGGAAUGCUCAUCACCUGGCCGAGAUCCAGCGCCUAGCGCAAUUGGGCACUGAGGAAGCUUGGGAGACCAUCAAGAAGUACGCUCUCGAAGGCGGCCGCCUGGCUGGCACUUUUGGCCUCUAUCGCCGUGUCGAACCAGAUAACAUCACGAUCGAAGACAACGGACGCGACAUCGAUCUCCGGAAAGGCGACAUAGUUUUCGUAAACUUCAUCACUGCCUCCCGCGAUCCGGUGGUCUUCCCCGAUCCGCUCGAAGUCAGGCUUGAUCGACCGGAGGAUAGUUACAUGCAGUACGGCGACGGUCCGCACCAAUGUCUUGGUAAGGCAGCGAAUAUCAUCGGCCUUACCACCAUGCUCAUGCAGUUUGGUAAGCUCAAGGGGUUGAGGAGGGCGCCAGGGCCCCAAGGAACACUCAAGUAUAUCCCUAAGCCAGGUGGCUUCAAGGUUUACAUGAAGGAGGACUGGAGUGCGUACUGGCCAUUCCCCACUACUAUGAAGGUCAGGUUCGAUGAUAUUAUUUAAGCUUUUAUGGUUUUUGGGGAAUAGUUCCGGGGGGGAUGUAAUAUUAGGGGCAGCUUGGUUUUUCAUUGAUUAAUUGUUUAGCCUUUUCAUUUUUAUUUGUUUGAACGUUGCGCCAAUCCCGUCGUUCUCUUUUCAUAAUUUAUGUUUUGCUAUAAGGUAUGAUAUUGUUGGUAUGGUAUGAGGCUGUAAUGGGCUUGAUGUAUUUUUCGACGAAUUUAUUGAAUAAUGUUUGGGAAUAUUCUGAAGUGGUAUGUUUCUCGACGGGGGGCAUUUUCUACCACGGCUUUCAAAUGAUAUGAACAACGUGGUUUACAGGUGAUGACCCCUACGAACAGGGUAGCAUCUACUAUGUGUGCUAGAGGAAUUCUUGGUGAUAGAAACGGUGUUACACAGCUAUUCCUGGGCCUAUCCAACGGGCUAAUUUGGUAUGGCAGAAUAUCACCUGGGUUUUGGGUUCGUAGUGACCGCAUGGGUAUUUUGGGCUCCCUGGGGGUGCCUUGGGUCGCGGUGCUGGGCAAUGGGUCACGUCUUCUUUGGCGGUGAUGUCAAUAUCGAGCCAGAGAAUUAAAAAUGUCGAUUAUCGGCCGUCCCACCCAGGGGGAGGGGGUACCGGUGGUUGGUUCGGGAAAAUCAUGGGGUGUGUUCGGGGGGCAGAUCUCCGGACAAAGGCUUCUGCCAGUACAAAACCCUUUAGCUGAUGGGACCAACGCACUGUGGCCGCCGGAUGGGUUUUUUUGAAAUGGAGUUUGAGGUUCUGUUGUGGAAAAAAAUGAUUACAUUUUCAAACAUAAAAGUAAGUGGAAUGUUAGAAAGCAGGGGGGGAUGGGUGUGAUGCGGGCAUGGCAUGGUGGCUCGGUGGAGGGCGUGGGAGGGUAGGGUGCCACGAGGUGCGGGUAGAAAGAUGGAGAAGUGAGGCUCGGAGGAGGGCUGUGGUCCUUACAGGAUACAACCCUUCUACAUUAUAUGGUUCAAGUAUGCCAGAAUAUGUACAAAGCUGAAUUAAGGGGGUGUUAGGCACGCCACGUUUAUUGAUUUGAGAUCAAAGGGUGUUUGGUGCGCUACCGU